AUGUCGAAGAUCCAGGCCAUUCUUCCGCUCCUCGCUCUAGCAGCGUCGUUCUCCAGCUUGGCGACUGCCGCUUCAGUUUCCUCCAACAACUGUCGCUGCCUCUUUGGCCAUCCCUGCUGGCCCUCCGACUCCGACUUCUCCGCGCUCGCUUCAAGGCUCUCUCAGCCGCUCCUUCGUCCCAUCCCCCCUGCCACUCCCUGUUACAUCGACGGCCCGGAUUCUCCGGCAUGUGCCGAGGCCAACAGCAGUUGGUACAACGCUGUGUGGCGCGCAGACCAGAGCGGAGCCCAGCAGAACACCCAGUUCGAGACCUUCAGGUUCCCGAACCGUACGAUCGACGCCUGCUACUUGAACACUACGCUUGGCGUGCCGUGCGGCCGAGGGAGCGUGCCUGUCGUCGGGGUCGACGCCCGCGGCGCAGCGGAUGUCCAAGCAGCCGUGAAGUUUGCGGCGAAACAUAACCUGAAGGUCGUCGUCAAGAGUACUGGACACGACUACUUGGGACGAAGCGACGGUCGCGGAGGUUUCCUCAUCUGGACGCACCACAUGAAGAAUAUCACAGUGCACCCUACGUUUUCCCCCGCUGGAGCUCCGAGCAACGAGACAUACGAUCUUGCUAUUACGCUCCAGUCCGGUGUACAGUGGCAUGAGGCCUACGACGCCGUCACGGCCGUCAACCGCACCAUGAUCGGCGGUCUAACUAGGGGCGGUACAGUCGGUGCCGCGAGUGGUUGGCUACUUGGCGGAGGCCACAGCGCCCUCUCCCCGAACUACGGCCUCGGCGUCGACAAUCUCCUCGAGAUCACCGUCGUCUCCGCGAACGGCACCGAGCUCACCGCCUCCGCGCACCAGAACGCCGACCUUUUCUGGGGGCUCCGUGGUGGCGGCGGCGGCUCCCUCGCCGUCGUCAUCUCCGCAACGUACCGCACCCACCAGAACCCGCCGAUCCUCGCCGCGUUCCUCAAUUUCGCGACCCUCGGCACGAACGUGCCCUCGCCCGGCGCGCGCGACGCCUUCGGCGCGUUCAUCGCCGCCCAGGGAGCACUCUACGACGCCGGCUGGGGCGGCUACGCCAAUGUCGUCCCCACCGCGGCCGCGUGGAACUUCAGCGCGUUCAUCAUCAGCCCGUCCGCGGACCUCGCCGCCGCGAACGCGAGCGUCCAGGCCGUCUUCGCCGCCGCACGCGCGGCCGCGGCGCAGGACCCCGCGCUCGUCCUCUCCCGCGCGACGACGGUGCCGUUCGCGAGCUGGGCGGCGUGGUACAACGCGCUCGGGUUCAACGCGACCGCCGCCGUCGGGUCCGUCGGGAACCCCACCGCGCUCGGCUCGCGCCUCCUGCCGCGCGCGCUCAUCGACGCGGACCCGGCGCGCGUCGCGGACGCGCUCCUCGGCAUGGACGCGCAGAUCGAGUACUGUCUUGUCGCGCCCGGGGGCGAAGCGGCGGGCGUCGCCCCAGACGCGAUGGCGCUCAGCCCGGCGUGGCGCGGCGCGCUCGCGCAGGUCAUCGUUGGGGAGGUCUGGACGGAGAGCAAGGGGGACACCGCGGACGAGGUCGACACGAUCAUGGGCCGGAUCGAGGCGAGCACCCGGGUCCUGCGCGAGCUCGCGCCGGACUCGGGCUGCUACUUCAACGAGGCGUCGACGCUCGAGCCGGACUUCCGGCAGGUGUUCUUCGGGUCGAACUACCCGGCGCUGAAGAAGGUCAAGGCGCGGUACGACCCCCAUCAGCUCUUCGUGGUGAACAAGGGCGUCGGGUCGGAGGACUGGGACGCGGACUUGGCGUGCCGGUGUGAUGGGUCGCGGGCUGACAAUGGAGAACUUGCGGACGCACGCCGGGAUAUCAUCUAG